AUGUCCAUGUCCGACCACUCUGAGAAGGAUGCCGCCUCUGGCUCAGGCGCAGACUCCCUCGACGGCCCCAUGCUCUACGAGCGGCCGACGGGCCUCAAGGGCCUCUACUACCACCCCGUAGUCCAGGUCUUCUUCCUCGGUUUCGUCUGCUUCAUGGGCCCCGGUCUCUUCAACGCCCUCAACGGUCUCGGCGGCGGCGGCCAGGUCGACAGUACCACCAGCGCCAACUCCAACAGCGCCCUCUACGCGACCUUUGCCUUUACCGCUUUCUUUGCAGGCUCGAUCAACAACGUCCUCGGUCCUCGUCUCACGCUGCUUCUCGGGAGCAGCGGCUACGCCCUGUACAUCGGCUCUUACCUUGCUAUCAACAUCCACCAGAAUGCUGGCGGCUUUGUCAUCGCCGCAGGCGCAGUCCUCGGUGUCUGCGCCGGAUUGCUCUGGACAGCCCAAGGGUCGCUCAUGUUGGCGUAUCCGACCGAGGACCAGAAGGGUAUGUUCAUCGGCAUCUUCUGGUCCGUGUUCAAUUUGGGUGGUGUUGUGGGUGCAUCAGUCUCUCUUGGUCAGAACUUUAAUUCCCAGAGCAACGCCGUCGGAAAUGGCACCUAUAUCGGGUUCCUGAUCCUCACCCUCAUCGGAGUGCUCAUUCCGCUGCUCAUGGCCAACCCCAACAAGAUGAUUCGCUCUGACGGCACACGCGUCAUGACCCUCCGCCACCCGUCUUGGAAGACCGAGUUCUGGGGCCUCUGGGUGACCCUCCGCUCAGACCCCUUGGUAGUGAUGCUCUUCCCCAUGUUCUUUGCGUCCAACUGGUUCUACACAUGGCAGUUCAACGACUACAACCUCGCCCUGUUCACCAUUCGCGCGCGUGCGCUGAACAACCUCGUCUACUGGAUGGCCCAGAUCGUUGGCUCCGUCAGCAUCGGCUUCUUGCUCGACCAGAAGGGCCUUACGCGUCGCUUCCGUGCGUACAUGGGCUGGACGGUCCUGUUCUGCAUGGUCUUCGUCGUCCACAUCUGGGCGUACUUCUAUCAAAAGCACUACACCCGCGAGACGAUCGCACAGGAGACCGCGGAUGACACCAAGAUCGACAUCUACGACAAGCCAUACGUCGGCCGCAUCUGGCUGUACAUCUUCUGCGGCAUGCUCGACGCGAUGUGGCAGACGACCGCUUACUGGAUCAUGGGUGCCAUGUCCAACGAUCCUGCGAAGCUGGCCAACCUGACUGGUUUCUACAAGUCGCUGCAGUCUGCAGGUGCUGCCGGCAUCUGGCGCGCGGAUGCCGUGGGCAUUGCGUACAUGAACAUCUUCAUCUCCACCUGGGCUCUGCUCGUUGGCGGUCUUAUCUUCACUCUUCCCAUGAUCUACAUGCGGGUGAAAGACCACACCGACCCGUCGGACGAGAUCGACGGCAUUCUCGCCGAGAUCGAGAGCCCUCCAUCUCAACCCCAAAUACCGACAGAGAAACCCGAGGAUUCCGCCUGA